AUGUUCAUCCAGACGGAGAACACGCCGAACGACGACUCGCUCAAGUUCAUCCCGGGCGUGCCGGUGAUGACCGACGGCUCGGCCGAGUUCCUCGACACGCGCGCCGCGCUCGCCUCCCCGCUCGCGCUGCGGCUGAUGGGCAUCGACGGCGUCCGCGCCGUCUUCUUCGGCCCGGACUUCGUCACGGUCUCGAAGGAGCGCGACGUGCCGUGGUCGGUCGUCAAGCCGGAGGUGUACGCGACGCUCAUGGAGCACUUCUCGUCCGGCGCGCCGCUGUUCCGGAGCGAGGAGGAGCGGCUGAGCGCGGGCCCGCAGGACACGCGGAUAUUGGAGACGGACUCGGAGACGGUGGCGAUGGUGAAGGAGCUGUUGGACACGAGGGUGAGGCCGGCGAUCAUGGAGGACGGGGGCGAUAUCGAGUAUAGGGGCAUGACGGAGGACGGGAUCGUGCAAGUGAAGUUGAAGGGGAGCUGUAGGGGGUGCGAUUCGAGCACGGUGACGCUGAAGAGCGGGAUCGAACGCAUGUUGAUGCACUAUAUCCCGGAGGUGAAGGGCGUCGAACAGAUCCUGGACCAGGAAGAGACGAUCGCUCUAAACGAAUUCGAAAAGCUGGAGCAACGGUUGCACCGCGACGACGCCCCGAAAGACUCCGCGUAA